AUGCUUUUUGAGCUUUUCGAUGUCAACCGUUUUUCAGUCCGUCUUGAAUAUUUUUUAAUUUCACAACUUUUUGCUGGAUUUUUACUAUCACAUGUAGUCACUUACAACCAUUAUUCUACUGACAAAUUUCCACAUAACGACCCAAUUCUAAGUAAUUAUGCUUGUCUUCAACUUUACACAACUCGAAAUAUGAGGCCGGGUUUGAUAAUUGAUUGGCUUUGGGGUGGAUUGAAUUAUCAAAUCGAGCAUCAUUUAUUUCCUACAAUGCCUAGACAUAAUCUUAAAAAGGUAAUGCCAUUAGUCAAAGAAUUUUGUGCUAAAAACAAUUUGCCUUAUAUGGUAGACGAUUAUUUUACUGGUUUUAAAUUAACUAUAAAGCAUUUACACAAUGUUGCUGAUAUUGCUAGUGAAUUUUUCCAACGGAAAUUGAGUGGAGGAUAA